AUGGGUGGGGAGGAGUCAGAGGCAAUGAAAGCCUGCCUGAGACACCCACAAGUCUCUGUCUAUUUGACCCCUGCCUUUUUCUACUUAUUGACACACCUUUUGCUCUCAGGGCCCCACGGGAAGACCUAUGCCUUCAAGGGGGACUACGUGUGGACUGUGACAGAUUCAGGGCUGGGUCCCUUGUUCCCAGUGUCUGCCCUUUGGGAAGGGCUCCCAGGAAAUCUGGAUGCUGCUGUCUACUCUCCUCGAACACAACGGACUCACUUCUUUAAGGGAAACAAGGUGUGGCGCUACAUUAAUUUCAAGAUGUCUCCUGGCUUCCCCAAGAUGCUGAAUAGGAUAGAACCCAACCUGGAUGCAGCUCUCUACUGGCCUCUCAACAAAAAGGUGUUCCUCUUUAAGGGCUCCGGGUACUGGCAGUGGGACGAGCUGGCCCGAACUGAUUUCAGCAGCUACCCUAAACCAAUCAAGGGGUUGUUUACGGGAGUGCCAGACCGACCCUCGGCUGCAGUGAGUUGGCGGGAUGACCGAGUCUACUUCUUCAAGGGCAAACAUUACUGGCGCCUCAAUCAGCAGCUUCGGGUAGAGAAAGGCUAUCCCAGAGACACCGCCCAGAACUGGAUGCACUGUCAUCCCCAAAGCCCAGACACUACCCCUCAGGUGGGGACACCGCUCCUUCAGUAACACAUACUGACCACUUAACCACAGGCACAACCUUGGAUACCACUGUCUUAGUCAUAGAUACCACCUGGAACACUGACCACUCACCCACAGGCACAAUGUUGGA